CGCCUCUGUCAACUGUGUUGAAUAAUAUACAGUCCAUUGCUUGGAUAUACUCAAGCAAUUUGCAUAUUAAGGUACUUUAUGAGAAAUGUUAACCAUGUAUUGCGUCAUUAAAACAGAACUGCAUACAUUAAGUAAAUAAAGCUUUACACUACUUGACAAAAGGAAUAUCAAAGGAACUGCUGGGGCCCAUGCUAAAAGUAUAGGAUGUUGUCAUUGUACGUACUUCUUGGAAUAUGCCUGGCAACACGUGUUAGAGCUCAGGAUGAGGGCAAUGUGAUAUUGAAUGGGGAUGGCAAGCCAUGUGGUCUAGAUGUGAUGAUUGUGCUGGACACAUCCUGUAGUAUAAGUCCCGAAGAUGGAGAAAUAAUCCGGACUUUUAUCAUCGAUAUGGUGAACUCUUUUGAUAUCGGGCCAGAUAUUGAUCAGACUCAGAUUGGCCAGGUGAACUUUAACGAAGGUACACAACAUCAGUAUUUCCUAAAAGACUCAAUCGAUUCAGCCACAGCCAAGUCCAACGCUGAAAAUAUGGAUCUAAGCAACCUGGUAACACAAGAAGGCUGUAAAACACAUACACACAAAGCUCUCGAUGAAGUUCGAACCAAGUAUUUUACCGAAGAGAAUGGCGACAGACCAGAAGUAGCAAACACCGUUCUUGUCAUCACUGAUGGUGUAACGAUUCCCAAGAAAAAUGGGGCAAAAACGAUCGCAAAUGCUCAGGCAUUAAUAGCCGAUGGGGCUAACGUUUUCGUGGUAGGGGUUCUAAACGAGAAAAAUCAGGACGCUGGUGAAACCGAGAUGUUCCAGAUGGUGUCGAAUGUUAGAAAUUUCUUCCGUGUGUCUGACGUCCAAGGCUUGAAAAAUGUUAUCUUGACUCUUGCGCAGUCAUUUUGUAUAGAGCCCACAACUACCACUGAGACCCCAUCGACGACGACGAUGACGUCAACAACGACUACCACCACAACAACUACCACGACGACACCUCCACCAACAACUACUACUACGACACCUCCACCAACAACUACUACUACGACACCUCCACCAACAACUACUACUACGACACCUCCACCAACACAAAUAGUUGAAGUUGAAGGUACAUUGUGUGUAAAUGGAUUUCUUGAAGAAGGAGACAAAGGUUCCUGUCAGAUAUUCAUGAAUGGAUGUCCAAAAAGAAACCGACGAUGCUGUGGAUGUGACCUCUCUUUCUGGAACCAAAGAGCUCCUAAGGUUCCACAAUUCCCGGGGAUUGUCACCAUUAUACAGAAAGAAUGUCUCUGUGAAAAGUGCCUUAGACUAGCAUGUAUUCCUCCAGAGUUUCGCGCGCUAUGGCUACAGGAACGACAAGAAGCUGGCCUCCCAACUGAUUGA